ACAAACUUCGUGGCUGAAGUGAUUGCUUGCAUAUGGCAGGAGUACGGAGUACAUCCGCCCCCGAAAGCUGACAGAGGAUUUCCGUAUAACAUUGCGGCCUCCUCCUCUGAGGCCUCCAUCAACUUUAGUAUUUGGGUGUUGGAUUUUCUUCUUGUGCAGUCUUCACUCAUCUCAUCACAGUUUUCCAACCAUGGCGUCCUUCAUCUUGCCUGUUGCAUUAUCUCUCCUUGUCAAAUCCGCCAUUGCGUAUCCUCCCUUGGUCACAGGCACUGCGCUGCCUCCGCAGAUCACUCAACAGGCUGGGGGCGGUCUGCCAAACGCUCCCGGUACCCCUCAUCUCUCAAACAAUGCCAUCAACAACUUCCAACUUGCCAACUUCCUUGAAAACCUGGAGUCGGCUUUCUUCCAAGAAGGUCUGUCGAAUUUCACACAGUGGGGUAGUGGUGGUCAGACAAACGGAGUGAACAACAUGGCUGUGGUCUCGCAGAUUGCGGCACAAGAAGAAGUACAUGUGGCUUCGAUCGUUGGCUUGUUGAAGGGUAAUGGGGCUUCCGACGUCCUGCCUUGCCAGUACAGCUUUCCUGUCACAGAUGUGACGAGCUUCUUCGCCCUCGGCAAUAUCAUCACCACCGUGGGAAUCGGGGCCUUGAUUGGGCUGCAAGCUGGCCUCUCGACCACCGACCCAGGACUCGAGUCAACCGUCGGCUCGAUUCUUCCCGUUGAGUCUCGCCAUGACGCCUUUUUCCGUAUCACUGCCGGCGAGAUUCCCAAUCCAACCACCUUCGAGACGCCAAUCAGCGGCAUCUGGGCCUAUAAUCUGGCACUCGAUUUCACAAUCGGGGGUUCAUGCCCAAAUCUUCCUCUGUCAAUCACAUCCUUACCUGUAUUCCCUGACCUGGGAAUUGUCGGCUAUGGAGCGCCGUCCUUCGCUACUCCCAACGCUCCUGGCAAGCUGAUUUUCAGAGUCGGACAGCCAAGCAUGCUCCCGGCAGGCUGGAGUUCGGGAGCUCUCUACAUUGCCUGGGUCAACCAGAACAACGUUCCUGCCUAUACUCCGGUAACAAUUGACGCAAGUGGUGACUUGGAGGCUGACGUACAACCUGGCAUGUUUGGCAUGGCAUUUGCUGCUCUUACAAACCAGAACACGGCGACCAAUAUCAACGACUUGACCACUGCAACCUUGGCCGGCCCGAUCCCGAUCCCUCUCACCUGAGAUACUUGCUCACAGGCGUAUUGAAGCGAUGGUCUGGGGGCCGAGUUGUGCCAGGUAGGGAUGGCGUAGGGGUGUUUGGGACUUUCAUUGGCAUGUUUGAUAACGCGGAGGGGUAUUGUCAUGUAAGAAGGCGACUC